GAAGACCGACAAAUACCGUACCACUGAAAAUUCUUCCGUUGUUUUUGUUUGCCAUAUCUGGAUUGGAGCUACCGAAUAUUUAAAAACUUGUACCCAGACCAAGAUGUAUAGCCUCUCUACGUGGCCAGUUAUGUUCCUGUUUCUACUCGGCAUUCAUGAAGUAAAGUCAGGAAGGUGCACCAAAUUGUGCGUAUGUGACAGUAUUCACCUUACAGUGGCAUGUGUCAACAAGAAUCUAACUGAGGUUCCACCUACCAUAGAUGAGAUCACAGUUAAGCUGGACCUGAGAGGUAAUAACAUACAGGAGCUUCCUACAGGGGCAUUUAUGCACACACCUUACCUCACACACUUGUCCCUCCAACGCAGUAACAUCCGCAAAGUACGAGAAGGAGCCUUCCGUAGUCUUGGCCGUUUGGUCCUCCUCAAUUUGGCUCACAACAACAUUGAGAUCCUGUACCAGGAGUCAUUUGAUGGGCUCUCCUCCCUGAAGCAGCUCCUUCUUGACCACAACAGAGUAGAAGAGAUCCAACCUGGAGCUUUCUCGCAGCUGGGUUUUCUUAACCUCCUUUCCAUCACUCAUAACCAGCUUGUGUACAUACCAAAUAUGGCCUUUCAGGGCCUGCAGAACAUCAAAUGGCUGCGACUCAGCCACAAUGCCCUCAAUUACAUCGACAUUGAAGCUUUUGCUGGUCUGUUCACUCUUACACGUCUCAGCAUUGAUAACAAUGAACUGCAGUUUUUUCCUACCGAGACAAUGACCAGACUCACAGAAGUGACUCGUCUGGAUUUGAGCUACAAUCCCAUGACCUAUCUUGGAGAGGAAGCAGUGUCUAUGGCAAAACUCACACACUUGUUUCUGGAUCACAACUCCUUGCAGGAUUUCUCCAACAUGGCUGUUUUUCCCUCUUCCCGUCUCACCCACCUGGACCUAAGCCACAACCAGUUGCGCAUCAUGCAACCUUUGGCUCCUGGUUCUCCCAGCCUUGCUCGCCUCAACCUGGCUGGCAACCCCAUCUACUGCAGCUGCUACCUGCGUCCGCUGCGAGAGUGGGCAAUCCGGGAAUGUGUGCGUCUCGGAGGAACCUGCAGUGGUCCCCCGCAUAUAUCUGAUGAGAGCCUGGAGGCAAUGCAGCCUUCUGAGCUGCGCUGCCAAAGUCAGGAAGCCAUGCUGAAAGCUGAGUUUGAGGAAUGGAGAAGACACCCACCAUCACCUACAAUCCCACCUGCAGACAAGGUCAAGUGCCCAGAUAACUGUGUCUGUGAGGCCGACAACCAUCACUCAUCAUGUGAAAACCAGGGCCACACCAAAGUCCCCCGAGGUUUCCCUCCAGACACACGCUUGCUGGACCUGCGUGGCAACCAUCUCCAUUACAUCCCUGCCAACAGUUUUCCAGGUGUGCCAGCAGUGGUUUCUCUCCACUUGCAGCGCUGCAAAAUUCAUGAGGUGGAAGGCGGGGCCUUCAGUGGAAUGAAAGGCCUGGUCUACCUCUAUCUAUCGGAGAAUGACCUCACAUCGCUGAGCCCGGAUACCUUCAAGGGUCUGCCCCAGCUCACAUACCUCCAUUUAGAGAAGAACCGUUUUACCCAGUUCCCCAAAGGUGCUUUCAAGGUGCUGCCUAGCUUGCUGGCUCUACACUUGGAAAACAAUGCCAUCACUAAGCUUGAGGCAGGGAUCCUCAUGGGUGCUGAGAAACUGAGGAGUCUCUAUCUGACCUCGAAUGCUAUUACCAGCAUCGCUUCCAAGGCCUUUGACCCAGCACGUGACCUUGAUACACUGCAUUUAGGCACCAACAAACUUAAGGAGGUUCCAAGUGAUGCCCUCUCUAAGACCACCAGCUUGGCAGAGCUCCAUCUGUCCCACAAUCCUAUUCGCUGGGUUGGAGCACAGGCUUUUCUACCAAUUGCAACCUCCUUGAAACAUCUGCAUCUUAAUAACAUGGGUCUGGAAAAGAUGUCGAAGGAUUCACUUGCUGGUCUUGGGCCUGGCCUGCAAAGUCUGUACCUUGAAGGGAACCAGCUUGAGGAUGUGCCUGACUUUAGUCCACUUAGCAAGCUUGAGGCCAUUAAUCUGGCAGAGAAUCCACUACUGUGUGACUGUCCUCUCCUACCUCUGCGCAAGUGGAUAGAGAAGGUCAACCUAAAGGUCAGGGCCACCUGCAGUUACCCACCUGAGCUCCGAGGCCACAGGGUCAAGGAUGUGCACGUCUUUAAGAGCUGUCCAGGAGAGAGGCCUCCUUCAGCACACAGCCCAAAGACCUCCAAAGGCUCAACGCCCACCAAAUCCAAACCUGCCCUCAUUGGUGCCCCCAAAAUUCUCAAAGUGGGAAAAGUCAAACCCAAUCUGCACAAGAAUGCUAAAGCACACUCAGGGCAGAAACCCACAACCAUGAAGCGCAAGUCAGCAUGAUCUCAAUCCAGUUAUACAUUCAGUGUGUUACUGAUUUAGUAAUGGGACCAAAUAUUAGCAUUUAAAGAUGUUUCAUAUAUUUCCUCAAAUCACGCACGCUACCAUCUAGUUAAGUUAAUUAGCAAUAUGUGUAACAAGGAUAUUUUAGACAGCAAAUUUGAUUCCACUUAGAACUACUUCACUCGGCUGAGGAAGGACCAAUCUAGUAGUAAGCAGCUUGGGUAUUUUUUAAUUUAUAGUGUCUAAGCACUUGGCUUUCUACCAUAUUUCUUUUAUUUUAGAAAAUAAAGCCACGU